AGUCGGGGAGGGAUCUGGUUGGAGCACCUAACAAGGGGUUUGGACCAGUGGCGGGACACUCAGGUGCGCGGCACGCGAAAGAGCUUCCUGCUGAAUGGCUCCUUCCACGAGGCAGUGGCUCCGGUUCUGGCCGUGGCACAGUGCUUCUGCCUGAUGCCUGUCAGCGGAAUCAGUGCCUCCUCCUGCCAGGGCUUGAGCUUCCGCCGACGCACCUGGCGGUUUUGGACCAGUGUCUUGUACCUCUGCUCCACCUCGGUGGAUCUGGCCUUCAGCAUUCGCAAGGUGACGCACAGUGUUCUGGAUGUGCGCAGUGUGGAGCCCAUAGUUUUCCACGUGAGCAUCCUCAUCGCCUCCUGGCAGUUCUUGAACCUGGCCCGUCUCUGGCCGGGAUUGAUGCGCCACUGGGCGGCCGUGGAGCAGAGGCUACCUGGCUACUCCUGUUGUCUUAGCCGCGCUCGUCCUGCCCGUCGCCUCCGACUUGUGGCCUUCCUGCUGCUGGCGCUUUCCCUGAUGGAGCACCUGCUGAGCAUAAUCUCGGUGGUCUACUACGACUUCUGUCCCCGGAGAAAGGAUCCGGUCGAGUCGUACCUGCACGGCACCAGUGCCCAGCUGUUCGCCGUGUUCCCCUACUCCAACUGGCUGGGCUGGCUGGGCAAGGUGCAGAACUUCCUGCUCACCUUCGGCUGGAGCUACAUGGACAUCUUCCUCAUGAUGCUGGGCAUGGGCCUCAGCGAGAUGCUGGCCAGGCUCAACCGCAGCAUGGCGCUGCAGGUGCGACAGCCCGUGCCGGAGGCGUACUGGACCUGGUCGCGCACCCUCUACCGCUCGAUAGUGGAGCUCAUCCGGGAGGUGGACGACGCCGUGUCCGGGAUAAUGCUGAUAUCCUUCGGCAGCAACCUGUACUUCGUCUGCCUGCAGCUGCUCAAGAGCAUCAACACGAUGCCCUCGUCCGCCCACGCGGUCUACUUCUACUUCUCGCUGAUGUUCCUGCUCAGCCGGUCGACGGCCGUGCUCCUCUUCGUUUCGGCGAUCAAUGACCAGGCCCGGGAGCCACUGCGCCUGCUGCGCCUCGUUCCCCUCGAGGGAUACCAUCCGGAGGUCUUUCGCUUCGCCGCAGAGCUGGCAAGCGACCAGGUGGCGCUCACGGGCCUCAAGUUCUUCAACGUCACCCGGAGGCUCUUUUUGGCGAUGGCGGGCACGGUGGCCACCUACGAACUGGUGCUCAUCCAGUUUCACGAGGACAAAAAAUCAUGGGACUGCUCGGCCUCCAGUUUCAACUAGACUUGAAGCCCCUUGAAAAUAUUCUGUGGCCUACUUUUGGCCGCUAAGCAAGUACUAAGCGAAGUUACUUGGUAUCGGUAUCACUCAUACGCAGUGUUGCGCCCGUUUGAGGACGUAAUGACGCUCGACUAUUUUGUGCAUAUAAUUCGAUAUCUUGAAUGUGUUAUUAACAUUGUAAAUUUGUUUUUUCAAGGCAAACUACUGCACAGCCCUAAUAUUCAUGACCACUGACUGCGUCCCUUGGAUAUAUCAUUUUUAAUUAGUUAUCUGGGCAGCAGGUAGCAUAAAUGAUAA